GACAUUAGCAUUGAAAGUUUAUUCGGUACUCUAGGCCAAGACCAAUUCCUUUCUAGCCCCCCAGCUACACGCGAUCAUAGCAUCAUGUUAGCAAACCCCAACAGGCUGUUCCUGUUAACAACAGCAUUUGUUGGAAAUGUCCUUUCUCUACCAGCCACAGUAGAUUAUGAUGUUCUUCCCAGCUCCGGCUCCGUCCUCAAUCUCGACGUCGCAGCCAGCAACAUCACCUACACCGUGCAAGAGAAUGACACCAUCCACACCAUAGCGGCCAAAUACAAUGUCGGCGCCUGCGAUCUCGCCCGUCUAAAUGUCCUCGCCGAUCCUAACUUUCUCUACGCAAACGAGACCCUCCGGAUUCCCGCCCGCGCUACCUUCCCCGACGACUACUCCUGCUUCAGCACGAACAACACCGACGCAACAGCCACAUGCAUCUACGGUGGACCCCACGUGUAUACCAUCUUACCCGGGGAUACGAUUCAGAAGAUCGCCAACGAGCGGUACAAUAUCACAACAGAUUCGAUCCUCAGCUUUACUGCCCAGACGGGAUACAUUGCUGCUUUGAAUCCUGGUAUUUACGAUGUGCUGGAGACCGGACAGACCGUGAAGAUUCCGAGUUGUGAUAAUUCGGCAUGUACGAUGGCGGAUUUUACGUUUACGUAUGGCACGUUGCAGGAUUUUGCCACGGCGUACAAUGUUAGUGUGGGACAGAUUAUGUCCUUGAAUUUGGGGUAUAAUCAUACGGAUUAUAUUGCGCCAUUGGGGGUCGUGUAUGAUUGUACUUUGCUGGAUUGAGUGGGGAGUGUGUAUUUUUUAUACCAUUCGUGGCUAAUAUCUCCCUUGAAUACCGAGGCCGACGGAUACUCUUCUCUGUACGUAUUGCCUACAAAAUGCUGUAUGCUGGGAGAAGCAAAGAAGUAUUCCAAUGAAUCACUAUCCGAAUAGAAUAUCAAUUGUGGUUGAGCGAGCCAAAAGGGAGGCCAGAAAUACCUCAAAGCACACAGCCGGUUUGUCCGGGACAAGCAUAGGAAAGAAACAUAUUGACUUACACCUCACUCUGGUCAAAUACCUCGGGGGGGAAUACACUCGAAUUGACU